CUCUGCCUCUGACAACCUGUUCUCCUGCGGCUGUGACGGACCGAGCACACGACCCACAGGCUCAACACUUUGACUUUGACACAGUGUAAAGGCCCCACGCUGGAGACGUGAUGUGUUUUCGGAUGGAUACAAGUUGAAUCUCUGGACACACAAUUUCUUCAUCUCUUCUGUUUUACUGAGCGCAGUCGUGACUCGUGAGCCUCUUCGCUGCUGUUAAAUAAAUCCGUACGGUGAGACCAGGGAGCAGUUCAACCUCUCACGUGGCUCUUCUGAACAUGUUACCUCAGCACCUGAAGCAAAUCCGAGUCCUCAUGCUGAACGAGAAGGAGAACCUGGAGAGGACCCUGUUCAGACUGGAACAAGGGUUUGAGCUACAGUUCCGCCUGGGCCCCAGUCUCCAAGGCAGAAGAGUACUGGUCCACACUAACUACCCUCUGGAGGGACAGCCGUUCAGACGCGACGUCUUCAGAGUGCUUGCCUGGAACUAUCCCUCGGGCCGCGAAGAUGACUCCGACAAGUACUGCUCUCUGGACCUCAAGAUUGCAGGAUCCUACCAGUACUACUUCGGAUAUAUAGGUAUUGAGCGAUCAGGCGGGGGCUACAUCGUGGUGGACCCGGUGCUGCGUGUGGGGGCAGAUGACCACGUCCUGCCCCUGGACUGUGUGACCAUCCAGACCUACCUUUCCAAGUGCUUAGGACACCUAGAUGACUGGUGCGACCGUCUGCGGGUGGCCAAGGAGACAGGGUACAACAUGAUCCACUUCACCCCACUGCAGACCCUGGGAGAGUCGCGCUCCUGCUACUCUCUGGCCGACCAGCUGACCUUUAACCCCGAGUUCAGUGCUGAGGGGCAGAGCUACGGCUGGGAGGACGUGGGCGCGCUGGUGGAGAGCUUCAGGACCGAGUGGAACAUGAUCUGUAUCACUGAUGUCGUCUACAAUCACACUGCGUCCAACAGCGUGUGGAUCCAGGAGCACCCGGAAUGUGGGUACAACCUCAUGAACUCUCCUCACCUCAGGCCAGCCUGGGUACUGGACCGGGCCCUCUGGCACCUGACCACCCGCACCGCAGAGGGUCGCUAUAAGGAGAGAGGGCUGCCCGCGGACAUCACAGAGGACAAGCAUCUGCAGGCGAUCCGCAGUGUGAUAUUAGAGGACAUUUUCCCUCAAAUCAAACUGUGGGAGUUCUUCCAGGUGGACGUGGACAAGGCCGUACUGCAGUUUGAGGCUCUGCUGCAGAAGGGUGCGCAGGCAGAUCACAGUAAAACUGAGGGAGUCAAAGGGCUGAAGAUCAUCCCUGACCCAGAAUACAAGCGCUAUGGCAACACGGUGGACAUGGACUCUGCACUGGAGACAUUUGUGCCUCGGAGUUCAUCUACACCGCACGUGGACGAGUGCUGUGACUUGUUGAGGCAGAGGCUCACUCAGCUCAAUGAGGAACAGUUCAGAGUGGUGCAGCAGCAUCAUGAGCAGGCCAUCAAUUGCAUCUUGGGAAAUGUAGUGUACGAGCGGCUGGCUGCACAUGGACCCAAACUAGGACCUGUCACCAAGAAGGAUCCUCUGGUCACAAGAUAUUUCACCUUCCCUUAUGGAGACAUGACUCUGGAGGAGGAGAUGCUGCUGCUGGAUAAGCCUGAGAAGUCCUGUCACUUCCUGGCUCACAACGGCUGGGUGAUGGGUGACGACCCUUUGCGCAACUUUGCUGAACCAGGUUCAAACGUGUACCUGCGGAGGGAGCUCGUGUGCUGGGGUGACAGUGUGAAGCUACGCUAUGGGAAAAGCCCUGAGGACUGCCCCUAUCUGUGGGAGCACAUGAAGAAGUACACAGAGAUCACAGCCACCCACUUCCACGGAGUACGACUGGACAACUGCCACUCCACCCCCCUGCAUGUCGCCGAGUACAUGUUGGACGCAGCCCGAGCCGUCAGACCAAACCUGUACGUGAUCGCAGAGCUGUUCACAGGAAGUGAGCUUAUAGACAAUGUGUUUGUCAACAGACUGGGCAUAAGCAGCCUGGUGCGAGAGGCCAUGUCUGCGGGGGACAGCCAUGAGGAGGGUCGUCUGGUGUACCGUUAUGGAGGAGAGCCUGUGGGUGCAUUUGUCCAGCCCAGCCUGCGCCCGCUCAUGCCCACCAUCGCCCACGCCAUGUUCUUGGACGUGACCCAUGACAACGAGUGCCCCAUCCAGUUGCGUUCGGCUCUGGACUCUCUGCCCAGCUCUGCCAUCGUGUCUAUGGCCUGCUGCGCCUCGGGCUCCACCAGGGGGUAUGACGAGCUCGUGCCACAUCAGAUCUCUGUGGUGAAAGAGGAGCGUUUCUACCCUAAGUGGAACCCCUCAGCCUCCCCCUCCUCUUUGGGGGAGGUGGGCCCACACACUGGCAUCGUGGCUGGGAAACUGGCCCUGAACAAACUGCACCAGGAGCUGGCAGCACAGGGUUUCAUACAGGUAUAUGUGGACCAGGUGGAUGCAGAUAUCGUGGCCAUCACUCGUCACUGCCCCAGCACACACCAGUCUGUGGUGACUGUGUGCCGGACUGCCUUCCACGACCCCAAAACGCACCACUACGACCCCAACGUACCCCCCAUGUUCAUCCCAGGUAAAAUUGAGGAGGUGGUCCUGGAGGCUCGAACAGUGGAGAGGAAGGCUGAGAGCUACGUGAAAGAUGGCAAGUUCAUCAAUGGGCUUCCCCAGUACACUGUGGAGAUUAAAGAGCAUAUUUCGCUGGAGGAGAGCACGGUGGUGAAGCAGGCUGCAGUCAUGUCUAAAGACCGCUCUGAGUUUGUCCAAGAGAUCACUUUUGAGAAGCUCACCCCCGGCAGUGUCAUCGCGUUCAGGGUGAGUCUGGACCCCAAGGCUCAGCAGGUGGUGGGGGUGCUGAGGUAUUACCUAUCCCAGUUUAGUCCUAAGUACCGCAGAGGAAGUACUGCUGAUGACAGCCCCCCCGAGGUGCUGCAGAAGCCCCUCUCCCAGCUCAUGUCAAAGCUGAGUCUGGCCGACAUGAAUGUGUUGCUGUUCCGCUGCGAGGCCGAGGAGCAGGAGGAUGGAGGAGGCUGUUACGGUAUCCCAGGUUGGGAGAGCCUCAAAUAUGCCGGCCUGCAAGGUCUGGUGUCGGUGAUGGCUAACAUCCGUCCUAACAAUGACCUGGGCCACCCCGUGUGUGCCAACCUCAGACAGGGAGACUGGCUCCUGGACUUCACCUCCAACCGCCUGGUCUCCAAAGAGGGGCCCCUGGCUCAGGUGGGGGAGUGGUUGGCGGCCAUGUUUAAAUACUUGAAGCACAUCCCUCGUUACCUCAUCCCCUGUUACUUCGACGCCAUCUUGGUCUCCACGUACACCACAGCUCUGGACGCCACCUACAAGCUCAUGUCCAGUUUUGUGCAGAACGGCUCGAGCUUUGUGCGACACCUGGCUCUGGGCUCAGUGCAGAUGUGCAGUGUGGGCCGACUCCCCUCUCUCCCUCCGCUCUCAGACAAACUGGAGGGAGUGCCGUACCGCCUCAGCCCCAUCAGUGGAGAGAAGGAGCAGUGCUGUGUCUCACUGGCUGCAGGUCUCCCUCACUUCUCAGCCGGGAUCUUCCGCUGCUGGGGACGAGACACUUUCAUUGCUCUGAGAGGACUCAUGCUCCUCACAGGGAGGCACCUGGAGGCACGUAACAUAAUCCUGGCGUUUGCGGGGACUCUUCGCCACGGGCUCAUCCCAAACCUGCUGGGUGAGGGCCGCAGUGCUCGCUUCAACUGCAGAGACGCUGUGUGGUGGUGGCUCCAGUGCAUCCAGGACUAUGCGAACCACGUCCCUCAGGGCCAUGAGAUCCUGCGUUGUCCUGUGUCUCGCAUGUACCCCACUGAUGACAGCCAGCCCCUCCCUCCAGGACAAGUGGAACAGCCCUUGUAUGAUGUGAUCCAGGAGGUUCUGCAGCGCCACCUGGAGGGCAUCUCCUUCAGAGAGAGGGAUGCAGGGCCCAAGAUCGACAUGAACAUGAGAGACGAGGGCUUCAAUGUGGAGACCAAAGUGGAUCCAAAAACAGGCUUUGUUUCUGGGGGGAACCGUUUUAACUGCGGCACAUGGAUGGACAAAAUGGGAGAGAGUGAUAAGGCCAGGAACAAAGGCAUGCCGGCUACUCCCAGAGACGGCUCUGCAGUGGAGAUUGUGGGGCUGAGUAAGUCUGCUGUGCGCUGGGUGGUGGAGCUGCACUCUAAGGGACUGUUCCCCUACGAUGGAGUUAAAAUCCAAAACAAUGGCACAGAGUCAUUCGUGUCCUAUGCCCAGUGGAACCAGCAGAUCCAAGCCUCAUUUGAGACCCACUUCUGGGUGUCUGGAGACCCCCAUGACCCCAAUGAGAAGCACCCUGAGCUGGUGCACAAGAGGGGCAUCUACAAGGACAGCCAUGGAGCCUCCAGCCCCUGGUGCGACUACCAGCUCCGGCCCAACUUCACCAUUGCCAUGGUUGUGGCUCCGGAGCUGUUCACAGUGGAGCAUGCCUGGACCGCUCUGGAGAUGGCUGAAAAUAAACUGCUGGGGCCUCUGGGCAUGAAGACCCUGGACCCAGAUGACAUGGUUUACUGCGGCGUCUAUGACAACUCUCUGGACAAUGACAACUACAACCUAGCCAAGGGCUUCAACUAUCACCAGGGACCUGAGUGGCUGUGGCCUGUGGGAUACUUCCUCCGAGCCAAACUCUAUUUUGCAAAGAAGAAGGAGGAUGAGAGUUUCUACAGCAGAAGUGUGACUCUGGUGAAGAAUGUGCUUUCCAGACACUAUACUCACCUGGAGAGGUCUCCAUGGAAAGGACUCCCUGAGUUGACCAAUGAGAAUGGCCAGUACUGUCCGUUCAGCUGUGAGACUCAGGCCUGGUCCCUGGCCACUGUGUUGGAGGUGCUCUAUGACCUUUAAACACACUAUAGUCAAUAUGAACCCUGAUAGACAAACAGUGUAGUACUAACCCAAAUCUGCUCACUGCAUCACACAUGUGCAAUACAGAGGCCAGACUGUCCUGUACACAUGGUUAAAGGACUGUCCGGGCAUUUAGCAUUUAAGCUGUCUACAUGUGUCAUUGUGCAAUCAUAUUUGUACUAGUUACAUUAUUUAAAUAUUAGGGAAUUUCAGUGAACAUUUUAAGACAUAUUAAUGUGAGACUAAACACCUAAGCUCCACCCACAUUUCAAAUAGAGCUGCUAAACUUGGUAAUACCUGAAGAACUAACAGGUAUCCACAAUUCAAACUCAGCUCCUCCAGCCAGGUGUUUGUAAGCAGAAACACCUGGCUGUAAUCAAGGCAGUCCUGUGUGAUGUCACCAACUGCUGGGAAGAGCAGAGGCAGCACAAACCAGAAAGCUGCAAAUUUACCUAGUUUGCAGUAAAAUUGCCUUAAAAUGGAACUAUGGACUAGGAACAGCAGAUAAUACUAUUUAAACACCAUAUACACAUAUUUAGUAGCAAAAAAUGGAUUGUGUUCACUUUAAAGGGCCUGUACCUGAUUUUAAUAUAUUGUAGUCAACAGAAAUGCUCUUUUAUAUUCCAUUUUAAUUGUUUGGUAAAAGGUGCUAAAUGAAAAAAAAUUGAAAAUAUGAACUAUUCAUUUUACAUAAUAUUUUAUAAGGUAAUACCUAAUACAGAAGCUACUGACACGGUCACCUCCAAUCAGGCACAUGUUAUUUAGGAUUUUGAAAAAUUAACUGCCUGACACUAUCCCAGACACCUGAUUCUCUGUCAUGAAAUAUCACAGUAUGCGGAGCUAAAGGUUCAAACUAAAACAGGUUUCUUACUCAAGGUUUAAAAUCAGGUACCUGCCGAUUUAAAUGAGUAUAAAGUACAGUGAACUAUUUCCCUCAUUAAUUGCUGUUUUGUUAUUGGACAUGUCUGAGCCGCUACAGAUAUACUGCUGUUAGAAUAAACCUGUUUAACGUGAUUGUAGUCAUUGACGAAACCGGUUAAUGUAAUUUGACUAAAGGUGAAAAUCCAUUUUACAAUAUGGGAAAAUAAAUUAACUAUACAAAAAUGGGAAUUGUAAAGAAAGAUUACUCAUAAUAAUCUAAUAAUACGCGUUGGAGAGGUUGUGUUUGUAGCCCUGUGACCUUUGACCCUUUGUAGUGUUUUUAGUUUAGAUUGUCUUCCACGCUCUCAUUGCCUUAUGUUCAGACUACUGUUACCAUGCACCUUCAGACACUGGACGGAGAACAGAAUGCAUCUGUAUGUGAUCCACUGCUGCUGUCACUGUAUCCACUAAAUGUUUAGUGUGGACUUAGUUGUGAUUCUAAAUGUCACAUAUUAAAGAACUGGUGCAUA